AUCAAAGUUAGACGCCCAUCUACAGAACGGUAACACCGCCACCGGUCUCAUCACAUCUCAAGAUCCGCUGAAGCGCACUAACAAACCACUAAUGGAGAAGCGUAGGAGAGCACGGAUCAAUCAGAGCUUAGCUAUCCUCAAAGCUCUAAUACUGGAAUCCACAGUGAAAACCAAAUCCGGUGAUGGUCAAACCAAGCAUUCCAAGCUGGAAAAGGCUGAUAUUCUGGAGCUUACGGUGAGGCACUUUCAACGACACCGAAAUUUGGACAAUCCUGUCAUCGACAAGUACCGAUCAGGGUAUACAGAUUGCGCACGAGAAGUAGCUCGGUACUUGGCUACACCUGAACCACCUCCACUACCUAGUGUUCCGACGCUCACGGAUGCAGGUUCCAAGGCCAGGCUGCUGCGGCACCUGGACAAUUGCAUUGCGGAAAUCGAUACCGAAAUAUGCCCGAAGAUAUCCAAUGGCAGCACAACGGAAACGACACAGGUGGAGAGCAUCUAUGAAAAUCACGCGGGGAUAAAGAAAACCAAAGACAUCCUAGAUUAUAGCGGUCAGGAUUCGAACCCGUUGGACUUCAGCAAGACCAAUCGGGAAAUAGGCAGAUCUCCAUAUGCAUACCGGAGUCCUACAACGGACCUUGGAUUGUUAACACCCACUCCGAAAGUGCACCACCAAGACGAAAACAACAACCGCGGAAGUCAUAGGACCAAAUCUUUACACUCACCGCAGCCCCUAGUUGGUCAUCAUCUGGAUGAUAUGAGCCAUAGUGGUGAACUGAUCGGUGUUUCAAGUCAGCCUGGCAGUAGUUCAGGCGUGGUUUCACCCUUUGCCAGUCAUAUCUCGCUCAACAAAAUGAUACUGACGCAACAGCAAAAACUGAUUGACAUGAACAACCUCAAGAACUGCCGUAUCGAUCCGACGGCUAUCAAACAAGAAUCCGGUCUAAUGCCAAGUGGAUUUACAACCUCGCCUGCGAUUUCUUCUCCAACCCCAUCUACAGGAAUCAUGGAAUCCGAUAAGGACGUUUCUAAUCAUUCCGAGCACCUUCCAGCGCCACCAUAUCCUCCUCAGGUUCGGAUAAAUGACAGCCAAAUGGCACUGCUCAUACCUGACCACUACAUCCAGUUGGCUACGGCACUCGGCCUAAGCACUCAACCCAUCGUAGAACAUCCUCCUACGCAUCCGGCCACCGACUUUGAAACGCUCAUCGAACAGAACCGCCGGCAAGCUGCAUUACACGAAAAGAUGACCGCAGAUAUUCUGGCCAAUCUUCACUCACUGCCCGAAAACGUAGACGAAAACUACUGGGAGUUGUACAAAAAGUCCCUUGGCAUUCCGGAUUCCAUCAGCAAGAUGACGUUAGAGGACGUCCGAGCUUUGAUGGCAAAGUCUGCUCCAAAACCUCCAACUCCACCACCAGUCAGCAAGAUGGAAGUUGACGAUCCCGUUGAAGAAACCCUCGUCUCCGUGACAGAGGUUGAUGACACCGAAAACGAAUGCUCCAAUCAUAGUAUCAAGAAAGAAGCGGGUCCGGUUAGUCCACUGGCAUCGUCAUCUCAUGAUGCAACGGAGGAUAAACAACGGGAUGAGGUAGAACAUCCAGCAGGCCCCAGCAGUUCGUACGAGAACAUUUCAUCGAACGAAGGUCCUUCGCAUGAUCAGCACAAUGAUGGUUCAAGCGAUGACAGCAUGUGGCGACCCUGGUAGAAGUCCAAUGCAAUAGACAAUUGUACAUAAGCUAUCAAUCGUGCAAUAUUUUACUUAUAUUCUAAGAUUGUGACACUGUCCGAGUGUAGCCCUUGAGUUCUAGAUCAACCGAUAGUUUAUAAACGGAAGCUUUACAACCUCCUUGCCAGUUCAAACGUCUACUAAAAAGUAUACACAAAUACCUACAGCAUCUGCAUAUAUAGAUGAGUGCCAAUUCGUAGCUCUUUGGCAUCCCAUACUCUGGAGAACAGUGUAUUCUUAACACUUUAAAAUGAAAAUGAUCUCAACUGUAAUCAUAAAACUAUGCUAUUGCUUGUACUACAAACAGACUAACGGGUGCAAUAUAGUCUAUAACGGUAGAACAAAUAAAUUAAACUUCAUGGAAGGACAAUUUUGAAUGACAAGCUAAAAUAAUUAACACAAACUGUAAUUGAUCGCAUUUUGGCUAAAUAUUAUGAAUAUCAGAUAAAACUAAAUCACACAAAUCAAUUCAAAAUUGACGAUGCAAGCAAAAUAGUAUAUUGUUGUUCAAUGUUUCAGGAAAAUAGCGGCUGAAUGGCAGUAAGUAAUGCCAGAAACGUACACAGCUAUCCUCAGCAGAAAUACUGUAUGGUAGAGUGUAGAAAUAAAAAUUAUUCCAAAAA